AUGUGCUGUAUACUUGUGCCGGAGAGCUUUGGUGUAUCAGGGACUUUCGCCGAGGCGCUGAUUCAGGUAAGUGUGACUCAGCCCCUGGAAUACAAGUCUAAGGGCAGACUCCUCGGGCUCCUGCGGAUGCUUAGUGCGGAGGGUGGGUGCAUGCGUUCAGGGGCCUGUGACAAGGCAGCCCCGCCCCGCGCCCCGCCCACACCUGGCCCCUCGCAGGCCACCUCCCCUCUCGAGGGGCGGACCCCGCCCUGUACCACGCCGCCACUCCCUGGCCCCUGCAAGAACAUCCGCCCGUCCCUGCCGGGGACCGCCAUCCCCAACCUGGCAGCCUGCACCUCGCUGACGGCGAUCACCAUGGCCUGGAAGACACCGAUAAUGAAGACUUGCACCGUGACGACCAUGAUAGGACCCAAAGUGAUCACGACGAUCACCACGACACUCACCAUGACGACCAAGACGAUGUCCAACAUAACAAUGACCAGGACGACCACCACGACCAUUCCCAUCAUGACCACCAUGACGAUACCCACCAUGACGACCACCAUGACGAUACCAAACUUGACGACCAUCAUGGUAAUCAUCAUGGCGAUCAGAACGACCACAAUGACGACGACCACCAUGAAGAUACCCAACAUAACGACCGCCAAGACGACCACCACCACGACCACCAUGACGAUACCCAACAUAACGACCGCCAAGACGACCACCACCACGACCACCAUGACGAUACCCAACAUAACGACCACCACGACCACCAUGAAGAUACCCAACAUAACGACCACCAAGACGACCAUCACGGCAGUACACAUGACCAUCACGACAACCACCAAGACGACCACCACGACGACACACAUGACCAUCACGACAACCACCAAGACGACCACCAUGAUGACCACCACGACGACCACCAUGAUCACCACCACGACGACCACAAUGAAGAUCACCACGACGACCACCAUGACCACCACCACGACGACCACAAUGAAGACCACCACGACGACCACAAUGACCACCACCACGACGACCACAAUGAAGACCACCACGACGACCACAAUGACCACCACCACGACGACCACAAUGAAGACCACCACGACGACCACAAUGAAGACCACCACGACAACCACAAUGAAGACCAUCACGACGAUCACCAUAACAACCAUCAUAACGAUACACAUGACGACCACCACGACGACCACCAUGAUGACCACCAAGAUGACCACCAUGACCACCAACAUGACCACCAUGACGACCACCAUGAUGAUCACCAAGAUGACCAAGACGACCACCAUGACGACCACCAUGAUGACCACCACGACGACCACCACAACGACCACCAAGACGACCACCACAACGACCACCAAGACGACCACCACGACGACCACCAUGAUGACCACCACGACGACCACCACAACGACCACCAUGACGACCACCAUGAUGACCACCACGACGACCACCACAACGACCACCAAGACGACCACGACAACGACCAUCAAGACGACCACCACAACGAGCACCAAGACGACCACCACCACGACGACCACCACAACGACCACCAAGACAACCACCAAGAUGAUCACCAAGACGACCACCACAACGACCACCAAAACGACCAUCAAGACGACCACCACAACGACCACCAAGAUGACGCUCAACAUAACGACCACCAUGACGACCACCAUGACGACCGCCAUGACGACCACCAAGGCGAGCUCCAUGACGACCCCCACGACGAUCGCCAUAACGAUCACCAUGACAACCACCAAGACGACCACCAUCACGACCACCAAGACGACUCCCAUGACGACCACCAUGACAGCCACCAAGACGACCAUCAUCACGACCACCAAGACGACCAAGACAACCAUGACGACGACCUCCAUGAUGAUCAUUACGACCACCAUGACGGCGACCAAAAUGACUACCAGGACGACCACCGUGAUGAUACACAACCUAAUGACAACCACGGUGACCACCAGGACGACCACCAUGACGACCACCAGGACAAACACGACGACCACCAUGACGACCACCCUGACGAUAAUCAUGAUGACCACCACGACGACCACCACGACAACCACCACGACGACCACAAUGACGACCACCAUGACUACCAUGAUGACCACCACGUCGACCACCACGACGACCAUCAUGACAACCAUGACGACCACCACGACGACCACCAUGAUGACCAUCACGACGACCAGCACGACGACCACGAGGAGUCCCACCAAGAUGACCACCACCAUGACGACUCCCACGACCAUGAACACAGUCAUCUCCGGAGUGGCCACCAUGACACGGAAGACCAUGACGACCUUCUGCUGCGGUCCAUGUAUAGGAACUUGGAGGUGAACGACUCGAGUGAGGACGGCACGACCCACUCCCUUAAGAAGACUGGAGUGGGACUCAGCAGUAACAUCUCUUGCACUGGAGACACGAGCGUUUCUCCUUGCCCGACUCAAGAGAUGCGCGAUGAUAAAGAAAAGGAGGAA